AUGUUUCCGAUAACAGUAUUGCCUGUGACCGACAAGGGAGAUCUGGAGAAGAUUGUCGAUAUCGAAGAAAGGGCAUACGGAGCGGCCUCACCCUUAUUACUACUGAUGUUUCCCAUAUCGCCCGCUCCAUCUUCAGCCAUUCUUCAUAGUUCGAAAAUCGCCAGACACGAGCAUGUCUGGCAAUCGGACCCAACGGUACAUUACAUAAAAGCGGUUACAUACGAAACAUCUCCCGAAGGCGCAACAUCUGAACGCAUGAUUGGCGCAGCCGUAUAUAACGUCUAUGAGUCCUCCCAUACGGCAUCUGAACGAAACCCGUGGCCUCACACCUCAGACGAGGUUCCCGAGGGAGCAAACGCGCCUCUUUGUCUGCAUUACUUCCAGACAUUGACGAAAGCUCGACUGGACUUCACCAAUGGCGAACCACAUGCAUUCCUGGAGAAUUUAGCCGUUGAUCCCAAUUUCCAGAGACGCGGAGUUGGGACAAAGCUUCUCGAGUUCAUGAUUUCCGACAUGGCUGCCAGGUACGCAGGCAAGGGCGUCGAUAAUGCCGGGUGCUGGCUAGACUCCUCCCCUUCCGGACUAAAGACGUAUCAACGUCUUGGGUGGGAGGAAGUUGGUGCCAAGUCCUUUGAUUUGGAGCCGUGGGGUGGUGCGAAGGGCCAGGUGCACAAAAAUGUACAUAUGCUGAAGUCGAUGGCGAUUUCUAAACAUUGA